AUGAACAAGCAUCGUUGGAGUGUUGGCCUCUUGAGUGAAAUGCCACCUGAGGGGAAAGUUGGCAUCAGCAGAAUGUGCAUUCUUGGCUACAACGUGAACAAAGGACAGGAGAUUUCUCUCAGGCUCAGGACUGAUGAUCUGAAGGGCUUUCGGAAGUACCUCAAGAUUCGCGAGACACUUGUCCAUGAGCUGGCCCACAUGGUAUGGAGUGAACAUGACAACAAUUUUAAGAGUCUGAACUCGCAGUUGCUCCGUGAGUGUGAUGAAUUUAAUCGGCAAAGUCAGUCUGGCCAUGUCCUUGGUGGCUGGGAGAUUCAGCGCCAGGAUUCAGAAGACAUGGAGCAAUGGCAGACCGAGUACCCCGAAACUGUCAGCCAAGUGGGGCACACACUGGGUGGUUCGUUGGUGACCAUUGUUGCUGACCCAAGGGCAGCUGCUCGAGAUGCUGCCCUGAAGAGGUUGCAAGCGGCAGGCCCAGUGCCAAAAGGCAGUGAGCAGGCUAGCUCCUCUGCUAGCCAAGAAUAUGGAAACAAAGUUGCGCAAGAGGAUGGAAUGGAGGCUGUGGAGCUGGAGCGGUUCGAGCACCACGAUCCACAAACAGCCGAUGAUGAGGACAGAAUGACGAAGCUGGGGUCACUUGACUUGGGUGAAGGUGGAUUAGGGCCAGAUGACCAUUGUUGCAGAUCGCACCCUGCCCCAUCCCCAUCUGGAGUUGCAGAUGUUGCCAGCAAUGCUGAUGUCCGACAGGAAGUCAAGGCUGACCAACACAAUGACGCUGAGCCAGGUUCUCCAAGAGGUGCAACUGUGGUGGCGGCGAGCGAUUGGGAACAAACUCUUGCCAACAACGUGGACUCCCAGCAAGGAGGCAUGCCUGAUGAAUGUCCCAACCUCGAGAAUGCUUCGUCCAGAGGUGUGACUGCACAGGCAGCAGGACAAUUGGUGGAACCCUCAAGUUCACAUUUCUCUGACGACCAAAUGCAGGAUGUGGCUUCCACCGAAGACCCAGCAGUAGAAAGAUAUAAGAGAGCAGAGGCUGCUCUGGAUAGACUGCUUUCACUGCCAGGUGGAGGAGACUCGUUAGUUGCACUGCAGACAAUGGAAGUGAUUCUCCGAAAUGCGCUGGGGUCACCUGCAGAGGAAAAGUACCGAAGGUUGAGGUGCAGGAAUCCGACAAUAUACUCGCGUGUUGUGAGGCAUCCAGCAGCGGUGGAUUUGUUGGGCGUGGCAGGAUUUCAGAGGGAAGAGGGUGGCGACCCUGUGCUGCGUCUGCGGAACAAUGACCCAGGCGUGCUUUGGUUGACGUUGUCUGUUGUUCAAGAGGGAUUGCAGCGGAUCGGUAAUGCUUCUUGA